UUGUCCAACUGCAAAUAUGAAGCCGUGCACUCAGCCUCUCAGAGGUUCGGCUUCAGGCUGGUCAACGAGUUAGAUGAAUGGAAUUUAUUGUGGUCAGAUUCUUGCGUUCCUUUGUCGAAACUUAUGGACAUGAAGAAGUUUCAAAAAGUCAAUCAUUUUCCGGGAAUGCUAGAAAUUUGCCGGAAAGACCUCCUGGCGCGAAAUUUGAACAGGGCGCUUAAAUUAUUUCCCAAAGAAUAUAAUUUCUUUCCAAAGACAUUUUAUCUCCCGGCCGAUUUUUCAGAAUUUCGAACGUACACAAGGCACCGUAAGAGAUCGAUCUUCAUUCUCAAGCCUGAAAACAACUGCCAAGGUAGUAAAGGAAUUCGGUUGGCCAGGAACACAAAGGUAGAAACGAACGGAGAACACGUUCUUUGUCAGCACUACAUUAGCAGGCCGUAUUUGGUUGACAAUUUAAAAUUUGAUCUGCGGAUAUAUGUGCUGGUAACAUGUUGCGAUCCGCUGCGAAUCUAUGUUUACAACGAAGGCCUAGCUAGGUUCGCAACCGUUCCGUACCAACAGCCGAACAAAAAUAACAUAGACAACGUCUUUAUGCACCUGACGAAUUACUCCAUAAACAAGAGAAGUAAGGAUUUCAACACGGACGAAGAUUCUGGGAAUAAAAGAAGGCUGUCAACUAUUUACAACAUUCUUGAGGGCGAAGGGAAGGACGUUAAAAAGUUAAUUUCAGAAAUUGACGACAUCAUAAUCAAAACGAUAAUAUCGAUAUGUUCGGUUUUGAAACGAAACCACAUCAGUCUCUUCCUCAGGCACACCAUCAGCUCCGCCUGUUUCGAAAUCCUCGGAUUCGAUAUACUACUCGAUAAAGACUUGAAACCGUUUCUACUCGAGGUAAAUCACUCGCCCAGUUUUGCAAUGGAUACACCACUGGAUAGAGAGAUCAAGGAAGGACUGAUAUUCGAUACGCUACGCAUGAUCGAUUUCAACAGAAUCGAUAAGAAGAAAUGCUUGGAGGAGAAGAGGAAGUAUGUGACCUGCAGGCUGACUCCGGCCCAAAAAACCUUCCAACUAUUGUUAGUACUUUAA